AUGAAGAAAGCCGGAUUGGUUUUCAUCCCUGCACCUGGAAUGGGUCACUUAGUACCGACUGUUGAAGCAGCAAAGGUUCUCAGCCAACAGAAUGAUCUCUUCUCGAUCACAGUCCUCAUUCUUAGGAUGCCCUUCGAUUCAACUCUGGCUCGCUACGCGAAAUUUUUACCCGAAUCGCCUAAUUAUUCUGGCAUUAAGUUCGUCGAGCUCCAGCGGAAAGAAGAACCCGGCAUUACAGAUUUCAUGAAUCUGUACAAAUUCAUCGACAGCCACAAGUCCCACGUGAGGGAAAUCCUCACCGAGAUUUCAGCUUCCGGGUCGGGGAUUCGUCUCGCCGGAGUCGUCGUGGACAUGCUCUGCACCUCUAUGAUUGAUCUUGCGAAUGAAUUCGGAGCUCCGUCGUACGUGUUCUUUGCGUCUAGCGCGGCAAUGCUCGGUUUAUUUUUCCAUAUGCAAACGCUCAGAGAUGAUUUCGACGAAGACGUCACGGAAUUCGGCAAGAAGAACGAGGAAUCGGAAGACCAAUUACUGAUAAAUGUUCCGACCUACAUUAACCCUGUUCCGCCUACCGUUUUGCCUUCUGUGUUGUUCGAAAAGGAUGGAGCCUGCGAAAUGUUGCUGAAUCAGGUGAAGAGAUACAGGGAAACAAAAGGGAUUUUAAUCAACACUUUCUCCAAUCUCGAAUCUCAUGCUCUGCAGGCUUUACGAGAUGAAAAGUUUUUCAAGAACAUUCCCCCUGUUUUUGCAAUAGGUCCUCUCGUCCGUCUUAAUCAGGAAAUUUCUGAUGAUCAUUCAGUGAUAAUAACACAUUCGUACUUGAUCGAAAGCCGAAGUUUGAAAAUUUGGUUAACCUAUCCGCGGAAUAGAGUAGCAAUUUCUUUGGCUAACCCGUUUAAAGUCUCAAGAACAUGGAAAGCACAUUAUGUGAAAAGCAUUGUCUAUGCUGGACUCGAAUCCAUUGUCACUUCUUUAUCUCUCAUUUCUUCCAUCUCCGGAGGCCGUCUCUCUUCAGUGGCUGUUUUUGUGCUGGGAUUUCCAAAUCUGGUUGCUGAUGGAAUAUCAGUGAGAUUUAGUGAUUUUAUAUCGACCAGGACGGAGAUAGACAUGGCUGAAAAUGAUGUUUCGUUAACCAAACGGGAAGUGACAAAUCAUUGA